CCUAACCGUUAAUCCGUGCCCAUCUCCCCGCACAGCAUCAGGAAGCGACAUCCCCGGCCCAGCGAAGUGAACACAGCGCGGCUGCGGCGGCGACUGGCAGAGAUGGCCGGCGGUGGCGCCGCCGCGUCGGCGCUAUCGAGCCCAUGGAGGGCGCUGCUGCAGCGAGCGCUGGACGCCAACGCGCACCUCAAGCACUCCACCUUCUUCCAGCUCGCCACGGUGGGCGCCGCCGGCAGGCCGGCGAAUCGCACCGUCGUGUUCAGGGGGUUCCAAGAGCAGUGCGACAAGAUUCAGAUCAAUACGGAUGCGCGGAGCAACAAGAUUGGGGAGAUCAGGGAAUGGCCCCUCGGCGAGAUAUGCUGGUAUUUCACUGAUUCGUGGGAGCAAUUCCGUAUCAGCGGUAUCAUAGAUGUGAUCGAUGGUUCCAGUCUGGAUCCUGCCAAGCUCCAGCAACGAGAGAAAGCUUGGUUCGCCAGUUCAGUGAAGUCAAGAUCACAAUACUUAGGACAAAGUCCAGGGGUUCCUGUCGCAAAUGAUGACCACAUUAAGGAUGUUCAUAUUGAUCCAUCAGCUGGCCCAGUUGAUGCCUAUUGUCUUCUGACUCUUGAUCCAGAAAAGAUUCAUAUGCCCCUAUUGUGUUGCUCAAUACUCUUGGUUUUCAUAUUCAGGUUGAUUAUGUGAACCUGAAAAGUAAUCAGAGAUUGAUGUUCACAAGAACCCAGGAAGGAGAUGAGUUCAAUGACUGGAUGGCCGAAAAAGUUAGCCCAUAAUGACUCUUUUUUGGAAAGGAAGAACAGAAAGGUGUUAUUGGCUGCCACUAUUUUUAUUUGGUGAUUUUCCAUGUCACGGAACAGUCUUCAUUCUACAAUAUCUUUUCUAGCAUGUCAAAAUGUAUUUUUGGCAGAGCAUCCAUGGAUUACUCGGUCUGAACAGCUGAGCUAUGUGCUUUAUCUGCAUAACAGUCAUUUGUUAACAUACAUUAUGGCUCUAGUUAAUAUUAGCGUUCACUGUUAAAGGUUUUUCUUUUCUUUCUGGGAUUCUUACUUAGUGUCUUUCUUGUAAAACUCAGAAUAUAUAUUUGGGCAGGUACCAUUCAGGA